AUGGGCACAGAGGGACUCCUGUCCCCUGAGGUGCUGUGGCUGCUUCUCUGGGUGCAGCUGUGCAGAGGAGCUGCGGAGGUGAGGCUGGCGGAUGGCGGCAGGCGCUGUGCCGGGAGAGUGGAGGUGAAACACAGGGGCCGGUGGGGGACCGUGUGUGAUGACUAUUGGGGCAUGGAUGAUGCUGCAGUGGUUUGUAAGCAGCUGGACUGUGGGUCUGCUGUUGAAGCUCACCAGGCUGGCUCUUUUGGGCCAGGAUCUGGCUCCAUUUGGAUGGAUGAUGUUGGCUGUAAAGGCACCGAAUCUGCCCUGUCUGACUGCACACACGAUGGAUGGGGUGAACAUGACUGUGUUAGCGGUGAGGAUGCUGGAGUGACAUGUUCAGGAUUUGUCCGGCUGGUGGAAGGGAAGAGCCGCUGCUCAGGACGUGUGGAGAUCCGUGAUGGGGACCAGUGGAAAACCGUCUGUGAUUCCCACUUUGGUCCCAAAGCUGCUGACGUGGUCUGCAGGGAGCUGCAGUGCGGCGUGGCCCUGCCUGUCACUGGAGGAGGUCACUUUGGAGAAGGGGUCGGUCCCAUCUGGGAUGGAGCGCUGCAGUGUGUGGGGAAUGAAUCCCUCCUGGCCUCCUGCCCCAGAGGGUCCCCCAGGGACCAGCCCUGCACCCACGUGAACAGCGCUAUUGUCACCUGCACAUUGUUUGAAGGUGCUGCGGAGGUGAGGCUGGCGGAUGGCGGCAAACACUGUGCCGGGAGAGUGGAGGUGAAACACAGGGGCCAGUGGGGGACCGUGUGUGGUGACGACUGGAGCAUGGAUGAUGCUGCAGUGGUUUGUACGCAGCUGGACUGUGGGUCUGCUGUUGGAGCGCCUCAGUACGGACACUUUGGGCCAGGAUCCGGCCCCAUUUGGAUGGAUGAUGUUGGCUGUAAUGGCACUGAGUCUGCCCUGUCUGACUGCACACACGGAGGAUGGGGUGAACAUGACUGUGGUCACGGUGAGGAUGCUGGAGUGACGUGUUCAGGAUUUGUCCGGCUGGUGGAAGGGAAGAGCCGCUGCUCAGGACGUGUGGAGAUCCGUGAUGGGGACCAGUGGAAAACCGUCUGUGAUUCCCACUUUGGUCCCAAAGCUGCUGACGUGGUCUGCAGGGAGCUGCAGUGCGGCGUGGCCCUGCCUGUCACUGGAGGAGGUCACUUUGGAGAAGGGGUCGGUCCCAUCUGGGAUGGAGCGCUGCAGUGUGUGGGGAAUGAAUCCCUCCUGGCCUCCUGCCCCAGAGGGUCCCCCAGGGACCAGCCCUGCACCCACGUGAACAGCGCUAUUGUCACCUGCACAUUGUUUGAAGGUGCUGCGGAGGUGAGGCUGGCGGAUGGCGGCAAACACUGUGCCGGGAGAGUGGAGGUGAAACACAGGGGCCAGUGGGGGACCGUGUGUGGUGACUAUUGGGGCAUGGAUGAUGCUGCAGUGGUUUGUAAGCAGCUGGACUGUGGGUCUGCUGUUGGAGCGCCUCAGGACAUGCGCAUCCAGCAGUGCACUCUGGCCAUGGCUGAGGACCUCUUUCCCAGGAGGGUGCUGGAGCGGGGGGCUGGAUUUGUCCGGCUGGUGGAAGGGAAGAGCCGCUGCUCAGGACGUGUGGAGAUCCGUGAUGGGGACCAGUGGAAAACCGUCUGUGAUUCCCACUUUGGUCCCAAAGCUGCUGACGUGGUCUGCAGGGAGCUGCAGUGCGGCGUGGCCCUGCCUGUCACUGGAGGAGGUCACUUUGGAGAAGGGGUCGGUCCCAUCUGGGAUGGAGCGCUGCAGUGUGUGGGGAAUGAAUCCCUCCUGGCCUCCUGCCCCAGAGGGUCCCCCAGGGACCAGCCCUGCACCCACGUGAACAGCGCUAUUGUCACCUGCACAUUGUUUGAAGGUGCUGUGGAGGUGAGGCUGGCGGAUGGCGGCAAACACUGUGCCGGGAGAGUGGAGGUGAAACACAGGGGCCAGUGGGGGACCGUGUGUGGUGACGACUGGAGCAUGGAUGAUGCUGCAGUGGUUUGUAAGCAGCUGGACUGUGGGUCUGCUGUUAGAGCGCCUCAGUACGGACACUUUGGGCCAGGAUCCGGCCCCAUUUGGAUGGAUGAUGUUGGCUGUAAUGGCACUGAGUCUGCCCUGUCUGACUGCACACACGGAGGAUGGGGUGAACAUGACUGUGGUCACGGUGAGGAUGCUGGAGUGACGUGUUCAGGAUUUGUCCGGCUGGUGGAAGGGAAGAGCCACUGCUCAGGACGUGUGGAGAUCCGUGAUGGGGACCAGUGGAAAACCGUCUGUGAUUCCCACUUUGGUCCCAAAGCUGCUGACGUGGUCUGCAGGGAGCUGCAGUGCGGCGUGGCCCUGCCUGUCACUGGAGGAGGUCACUUUGGAGAAGGGGUCGGUCCCAUCUGGGAUGGAGCGCUGCAGUGUGUGGGGAAUGAAUCCCUCCUGGCCUCCUGCCCCAGAGGGUCCCCCAGGGACCAGCCCUGCACCCACGUGAACAGCGCUAUUGUCACCUGCACAUUGUUUGAAGGUGCUGCGGAGGUGAGGCUGGCGGAUGGCGGCAAACACUGUGCCGGGAGAGUGGAGGUGAAACACAGGGGCCAGUGGGGGACCGUGUGUGGUGACUAUUGGGGCAUGGAUGAUGCUGCAGUGGUUUGUAAGCAGCUGGACUGUGGGUCUGCUGUUGGAGCGCCUCAGUACGGACACUUUGGGCCAGGAUCCGGCCCCAUUUGGAUGGAUGAUGUUGGCUGUAAUGGCACUGAGUCUGCCCUGUCUGACUGCACACACGGAGGAUGGGGUGAACAUGACUGUGGUCACGGUGAGGAUGCUGGAGUGACGUGUUCAGGAUUUGUCCGGCUGGUGGAAGGGAAGAGCCACUGCUCAGGACGUGUGGAGAUCCGUGAUGGGGACCAGUGGAAAACCGUCUGUGAUUCCCACUUUGGUCCCAAAGCUGCUGACGUGGUCUGCAGGGAGCUGCAGUGUGGUGUGGCCCUGCCUGUCACUGGAGGAGGUCACUUUGGAGAAGGGGUCGGUCCCAUCUGGGAUGGAGCGCUGCAGUGUGUGGGGAAUGAAUCCCUCCUGGCCUCCUGCCCCAGAGGGUCCCCCAGGGACCAGCCCUGCACCCACGUGAACAGCGCUAUUGUCACCUGCACACAGUACACAGGGUUCAGGCUGGUGAACGGCAGCACGCCAUGUGCAGGGAGGGUGGAGGUCCAGGUGCUGGGGACCUGGGGGACCCUCUGUGCCUCCCACUGGGAUCUGUCGGAUGCCCACGUUCUCUGUCAUCAACUCAACUGUGGGUUUGCCGAGUCCAUUCCUGGAGGAGAGUAUUUUGGGAGAGAGACUGGCCCUGUCUGGAGAGACUCAUUCCACUGUGACGGGACUGAAGCCCACCUGGGUCAGUGCCCAGUGAUCACCCUGGGGGCCUCACCAUGCUCCCACGGGAGCAACGCUGCUGUUAUUUGCUCAGGUGACUUUGCAUCCCUGCGGCUGGUGGGUGGAGGGAGCCGGUGCGAUGGGCGAGUGGAGAUCUUCCAGCAUGGGACGUGGGGCAGAGUCCUGGAUGACCAGUGGGAUGUGCAGGAGGCCAGCGUGGUGUGCCGGCAGCUGCGGUGCGGAGAGGCAGGGGGAGCUUACAACCCCCCAAAGCCGGAGCGAGGGACGGGCCCUGUGGGGCUGCGAGGGGUCAGGUGCACAGGGCACGAGGCCAACCUGACCCUCUGCAACACCUCGCUGCCUGAGAGUGCACUGGCGGCAGGGGUUGCGGAGGACGUGGGAGUCAUUUGCUGGGGGAGCCGGCGGGUCCGGCUGGUGAACGGGGCUGGGCGCUGCGCCGGGAGAGUGGAGAUCUACUACCAGGGCAGCUGGGGGACUGUCUGCGACGAUGGCUGGGACCUGUCUGAUGCUGCCGUCGUUUGCCACCAGCUGGGCUGCGGAGGGGCAGUGGAGGUGGCUGGCUCUGCUCAGUUUGGGGAAGGCUCCGGGCAGAUCUGGCUGGAUGGCGUGAACUGCUCCGGGGCCGAAGCUGCUCUCUGGGACUGCCCUGCCAGGCCCUGGGGGCAGCACGACUGCGGGCACAAAGAGGAUGCGGGAGUCGUCUGUUCAGAGCUCGUGGCCCUGAGGCUGGAGAACAGCGACGGCUGCUCUGGGCGCCUGCAGGUUUUCUACAACGGGACAUGGGGGAGCAUUUGCUCCAACUCGAUGACUCUCGACACGGUGUCGCUGGCAUGCAAGGAGCUGGGCUGCGGAGACAGAGGAUCCCAGGAAACAGGCCUGCCCUAUGGUAGGGUGUCUGGCCCCGCGUGGCUGGAUAAGGUGCAGUGUGGGGAGAAAACCAGCUCCUUCUGGCAGUGUCCCUCGGCUCCCUGGGACCCACAGUCAUGCGAAGACCUGCGAGACGAGGUCCACAUCAUCUGCAACGGGGGACGCCCAGAAAUGCCCCAGAGCCCGUUGGCCCCGUGCCCCAACUCCACGAGCUGCACAGACAGGGAGAAGAUUCGUGCAGUGGGAGGCGAGGACGGGUGCUCAGGCAGAGUGGAGGUCUGGCACCGUGGCUCUUGGGGGACAGUGUGCGAUGACUCCUGGGACAUGCGGGAUGCUGAAGUGGCGUGCAGGCAGCUGGGCUGUGGCCCCGCAGUGUCUGCCCUGCAUGAGGCUGCGUUUGGGAUGGGGAUGGGCCCCAUCUGGCUGGAGCAGGUGGAGUGCCAGGGGACAGAGCUGUCCUUACAGGACUGCUGGGCCCGGCCCGGGGACAGCGGUGUUUGCCGGCAUAAGGAAGAUGCUGCCGUGCGCUGCUCAGAUCCCACCCGAGGCCGUCUGACCAGCAGUGGGAGAGUCUCAGUGCCCGUCAUCAUCUGCAUCAUCCUGGGGGCCCUUCUCUGCCUGCUCCUGGCCCUCCUGGCUGGGCAAGUGCUAAGCGCCAGGGCUGGGCGCAGAGGCUCCUGGAGAGCUCAGGAACCAUUCCCCGAGGCCGUGUAUGAGGAGGUUGUUUACAGCCCAGCGUGGGAGAAGCAGGCGAGGUUUGGUCGCUCAGGCUCCUAUUCAGAGGAGUCCCUGACCCAGCUGCAGCCCUACCCUGGCGUGAGCGAGGAGGAGGAUGGUCUGGGAUCAGCACCAGAUGUUCUUGUCCUGCCCGGAGGUGAGCCAGCGGAUGGCUAUGAUGAUGCCAGGGAGGUUUCUGACCCAGAGGAGGAUGCUGCCCCUGGGCAGGGAGCUUGGGAACUGCCCAGGGUGCCAGAGGAGGGAGCAGGGACCAGGGAUGCAGCCAGAGGUGUCGCGGUGUCUCCCUGA